CCCUUUCUCCGGAAGGCGAGUAUUUCAGGCAGCCGUUCACGCUCGCCGGGUGGUUUCGGUCCGGAGCGGCGGGAGGAAAACCGGCCGCCGCCAUGGGGAAAAGGCAGCACCAGAAGGACAAAAUGUACAUAACAUGUACAGAAUAUACACAUUUUUAUGGAGGGAAGAAAGCUGAAAUUCCACAGUCGAACUUCAGGCGUCUGCCUUUCGAUCACUGUAGCUUAUCUUUGCAGCCAUUCGAAUACCCAGUUUGUACGCCAGAUGGGACCAUCUUUGACUUGCUGAAUAUUGUUCCAUGGAUAAAGAAGUAUGGAACGAAUCCGAUCACGGGAGAGAAGCUGGAGGCCAAAUCUCUCAUCAAGUUGAACUUUGCUAAAAACAAUGAUGGUAAAUACCACUGCCCGGUGCUUUUCACGGUGUUCACCAAUAACUCCCACAUCGUGGCCAUCAAGACCACAGGGAAUGUGUUUGGUUUUGAGGCGGUUGAGCAGCUGAAUAUAAAAACAAAGUCCUUCAAAGAUCUGUUGAACGAUGAACCCUUUUCUAGGCAAGAUAUUAUUACACUGCAGGAUCCCACCCAUUUGGACAAAUUUAACGUCUCCAGCUUUUUCCACGUGAAGAACAAUUUGAAAGUGACUGACCCGGAUGAGGAGAAGGCCAAAUCCGACCCUUCUUAUUACCUGAAAAAUGCCAACAUCGAGACCCAGGAGACCCUCUUGGAGCUUUACAAAGAAUUCAAAGGGGACGAUGUUCUGGCCGCCACAAUGAAGGAGCCGGAGAAGAAGAAGGUGGAUAAGUUGAAUGCGGCUCACUAUUCCACAGGCAGAGUCAGCGCCUCUUUCACAUCCACGGCCAUGGCCCCGGAGACAACGCACGAAGCAGCUGCCAUUGAUGAUGAUGUGGUGCGCUACCAGUUCGUGAAGAAGAAGGGCUAUGUCCGGUUGCACACCAACAGAGGGGAUCUCAACCUGGAGCUGCACUGCGACAUGACCCCUAAAACCUGUGAAAACUUCAUUAAACUGUGCAAGAAAAAAUACUACGACGGGACCAUAUUUCACCGAUCAAUUCGUAAUUUUGUGAUUCAAGGAGGAGAUCCAACUGGGACUGGAACAGGAGGAGAGUCGUACUGGGGAAAGCCGUUCAAAGACGAGUUCAAGCCCAACUUGUCCCACACGGGACGAGGCGUCCUCAGCAUGGCCAAUACGGGGCCCAACAAUAAUAAGUCUCAGUUCUUCAUUACUUUCCGUUCCUGUGCAUACCUGGAUAAGAAACACACCAUAUUUGGAAGGGUGGUCGGCGGGUUUGAGACGCUCACCGCGAUGGAGAACGUGGAGAGUGAUCCCAAAACGGAUCGUCCCAAGGAGGAAAUAAAAAUUGAGUCAACCACUGUUUUUGUUGAUCCGUACGAAGAAGCAGAUUCUCAGGUUGCUAAAGAAAGAGAGAAGGCCCAGCAAGAAGAGGAGGCAAAGAAGGGGGAGAUCAAAGAAGUCCCAAAGAAGGAACAUCACACACCAAAAACUUACCGCACGGGGGUUGGGAAGUACAUUAAUAUAGCAGCAAUGAAGCGAGUGGCUGAAGACGGGCCAUCCACCAGUGUAGCUGUCAAGAAAGAGAAGAAAAGUGGAGGCUUUGGAGACUUCAGCUCUUGGUAGCCCAUGGGGGAGGGCCAGCUCCAAAUAAUUCACUGUCUGGAAUGGAGAAGACCAGCUUUGUGCCUCUGCUGCUGUCGCAAAAAAUUAGACCAUUCACAAUAUUCUUUCAGUGAAGCAUGAUCCAAACAGAAGGAGAGGGGUUCCAUUUCACAGUUGAAUGGCUGAUGGACAAAUUUGGAAGGAGAAGGCAGCAUUCAGUUUUGAUGGUAAACCACGGUCCUUCCCAAAUUGUGCCUUCUGGUCCACCAUUUUGAACAGCUGCCCAGGUGCUCGUAAAAAAGCAGUUGCCCUCUGCAACCUGGUGAGUUUCCUCCUAGAAAUACAAUUCCAAGCCAGCAUCUUUGCUUUGGAAGAGAUGAUGGAUACAGAUCUCCAUCGCUAUGUGGCGAGAUGUCUCCUUCAACAAACUAUCUGAUGCUGCAGCUUCUCUCUCGUGUUCCUUAGCUACUGAAGAGCUGUUGCUCCCCCUCCUCUUUGAUGUGCAGCAGAAAGAUAUUCCAGCCCACUGAGGACACCUCUAGGAAAUCUCCCUGUGGCUUUAGGCAUCUAGCUCAUUGGCCUAAUCCAGGUAGCCCGCAUUAUCUUCUCCCUUUGGGGAAUUAAGCCACCUUCUUUUGGAGCUCAGAGGGAUUUCUAGACCCUAGAAGGAAACUAAUCUAAAAACCGUGUAAGUGAUACAUUUCUUGUUAAUGGUGAGAAAUGCAGGUGGGUGGGAGUUGAGCAAAGAAUAGUAAGGGGGAAGUAAGUGCCUAUUUGCAGAAAGGCAAAAUAGCAACACAGAAGGGUUGAAGCACCUUCCACCAACGGUUGCUUCUGUCAGCAAAAGGGCCAUAUUUUUAGCCCUUUUUCUUCGGGUGACCUUUAAUGGCAAUGCUUUGGGUGCAGUGCUUAGUUCCUUAUCUCUGCAAAGGGGAGACAGUGUCUAUUUAGGACAGGUUUCCUGAGCUGCAGUACAGGCGCGUGCAAGGGGUCCAGCCUGGUUUGGUCCACUCCUGAAAUUGUCAGCACGGGCCAUCCAGCUUGGGCAUUCUAGGAACUCACACAUCUGGAGGUCACCAGACCUCUUGAGUUGGCCACUCAACCCGACAAGGUCAGGAAUAGGGGCACUGGGUCUUGAAGCCCAGCAUGAAUGUCCUUGCGCCUCUCACAGCCCUGUUUUUAGGUAAUGCAGUAGCAUUCAAGCUAAAACACAUAAGGUGGUGUUUGUUUUUUUUUAACUCCUCCCCACCCACCACUUUUCCUUCUGCGAUGAUCCCAUUGACAAAUGUUCUCUAGCAGGAGGAAGAUGUCAUCAAAGAUGACAAUUAAUUCCAUUCACUCUCCAAACGAAAACGAGAAUUGCAACUUGUCAUACAGAGCCGACCUAAAAUAGAAGCCGCCUUUGUGUACAGUCAACGUGCGAGGGUCUGUGCUAUCUGACUAGAGGUUGUACCUACCACAUCACUGCAUUUUUCUUGGAUUGUUCAGCGAUUUGCUGAGAUUCUUAAAAACUGUAUAUCUAGCGUGUGUAAAUUUGAAAAGUUAUCUUUGAAAAUUAACUGCGGCAAUGUUCUUUUGUACACAGGUUCCUGGGUCACAAAAAUUGUAAGCAGGAUAAAUCAUGCGGAGUAUUUUUCAUUAAAGCUUUCCAUUUUCAUUUGC